AAACCUCACGCUGCGACAGUGGCACCUUAUCUUCUAUCGCUCCUGCCAUUUCCGGGAUAAUGGCGGCCGACGACGCCAACCAGCCUCAGCCAGGGGAACAACAGCAACCACAGCAGGAAGAAGAGGAACAACAAAAGGGUGGAGAAGAAGUGAAUGAGGAUGCUGAGGAGGAUGAGCUUCCGUCGUCAUCAUCCUCUUCAUCGUCGGAAUCGGAGUCAGACUCCGAGUCCUCCGAUGAGGAUGGCACCGCUUACUACGAUGACACCGACGAUGAGGAGAAGGACGACAACAACCCGGAGUCGAAUAUCCAGCGUUUCACCAAGGUCCUCGACAGCUCGUACAUGAAGAAGCGGCUGGAGCAGCAGGAGCGCGACUACAACUACCACGAGGACCUCUUUGACUUCCCAAAGGACCCUGAGCAGUGGCGCGAGGAGGACCUCAGAGAACUCUGGGCAGAUGCCCCUCUCGGCGUGACAAAGCCCGGCUGGGACCCCUUCUGGGCUGACGAGGAGGACUGGGAGGUCGUCAGGGAGGAGAUCAAGGAAGGGCGUGAUCCUCCCAUCGCUCCAUUCUAUCUUCCCUACCGCAAGUACUACCCAGCCAUCCCCGACAAUCACCACGACAUCUCCAACCCCAAGUCGGUCAUCGAAGAGCUUGAUCGCAUCGAGGAGUUUCUCCGGUGGGUCAGCUACAUUUUCCCCGAUGGCAGCACGUAUGAAGGAACUAUCUGGGAUGAUUUGGCUCAUGGAAAAGGUGUUCUUGUUGCUGAACAGGGACUUGUCAGGUAUGAAGGGGAAUGGCUUCAAAACCAAAUGGAAGGUCAUGGGGUUGUCGAAGUUGACAUUCCUGAAGCACAGCCUAUUCCAGGUUCAAAGCUGGAAGCUAAGAUGCGAGCUGAAGGAAGGAUAAUAACUAGGGAUUUCAUGAGCCCUGGAGAUAGGAAAUGGCUGGAGAAGGACAUUGAGGACACAGUACGCCUAGUUGGUCAUGUUACAGAAAUACCUUAUUAUGAAAGCGAUGAAUGGAUCAAGCAGUUUGGAAGUAAACCGGAAAAAGGUCGAUAUAGAUAUGCUGGACAGUGGAAGCAUGGGCGAAUGCAUGGUUGUGGUGUAUAUGAAGUCAAUGAGCGUAUUAUAUAUGGAAGAUUCUUUGGGAACCAUGUGCAAGAUUCCACGGCUGUGAUGAAAAAUGUGUCAGCGCUGCAUGCAGGAAUUGCUGAAGUAGCAGCUGCAAAGGCACGGAUGUUCGUUAACAAACCUGAUGGAAUGAUAAGGGAGGAGCGAGGUCCAUAUGGAGACCCGCAACAUCCUUACUUUUAUGACGAAGAGGAUGUGUGGAUGGCUCCUGGAUUUAUUAACCAAUUUUAUGAGGUUCCUGAUUACUGGAAAGUUUAUGUGCAAGAGGUUGAUCAAGAAAGAGAGAUGUGGUUGAACUCUUUCUAUAAAGCACCACUUCGGCUGCCUAUGCCUGCAGAGCUUGAGUAUUGGUGGUCCAGAGAUGAUACACCUGAAUUUGUGCUCAUCAACAAGGAGCCUGAGCCUGACCCAAAGGAUCCUUCAAAACUCAUAUACACUGAGGACCCUCUCAUUCUUCAUACUCGCACUGGGCGUCUGAUAAAUUAUGUGGAGGAUGAAGAGCAUGGGGUGCGUUUGUUCUGGCAACCCCGUGUAGAAGAUGGGGAGGAUAUGGAUCCUGAAAAGAUAGAAUUUUUGCCUCUUGGCUUUGAUGAGUUUUAUGGGCGAGCCACACCAGGUACGGAGAAGGAAGUCAAACCAUCAGGCGUUAUAGCUGCUAUUGACAAUGCAUUUAAGCCACUGCUCAAUAGAAUUCAGAAGUGGAUUGAGGAGAAGAAGAAAACUAGUGAGGCGAAUCUAAAACUUUAUGAGAAAGAACUUGAAUUCAUUGAUGCUGAGUUGGACCUGGAGGAGGCAAUGGAAGAUAUGGAAAUCAUUCUCAAAGAAAAGCAGAAGGAAGAAGAAAAGCGAGCAGCAGUGGAAAAUGAUACUGAUGAAAUGCCUGCUUCAACUGGCCAGGAUGAAGCCCGACCAGAUGACGGGGAGGAUGGAGAUGAUGAUGAAGAUGAUGAAGGUGCACCAACAAGUUUUGGCACAGUUGGCGAAGGAGCUGAUGGCGACAUUUUGGAUGGCUCUGAAGAAAAAAAAUCAGGAAGGUCUCCAUUUUCUUCAUUGUCCAUGUCAUUGGCUUCUUGGAGCCUGGCAUCAAUGGUACCUUACAAGAUACAAGAGUCAUUUCUUUCAUGGAAGAAUGGAAGACAACACCCAAGUGCUGAGUUCCCUCCCAAAAUGGACUGCAGAAGAUUCACAGAAUAUCAGCAGGGGCUGGAUUCUGUGGCCUUCCACACUCGUUUUAACCAGCAGAUAAAUCUGAGGGCGGCCAUUGAUAAGCGGAGCCCUCGCAAGAUGAACAACGGACAUUGGCAGUUGAAAUCCCUUGCUAGGAUUCUGUCUGCAGGCCAUAGUUACAAUGCUGGAAAAAUGAUCCAAAUAAAAGAAGAAACAAAAAUUGAAGCCUCUCUUAGUCACAGCAUUUUAUCCUUUCAUGUCCCCAUCACUGAUAAUCUCUAGUGUCUGGUGAUAACUGUUUAUUAUUUUGCCUUUCAUUGUUGGCAAAACUCUGAAAACAAUGAGAUCAUGACCACUGCGGGAUUUAUUUUUGCUGCUUAUGUGAAAGAAAUUUAAAAUCUCAAGUCAGAUUC